UUCAACCCUCGACGAGAUUGGACGUGUUCGAAGAAUCGUAUUGUGCUGUAUCGCGAAUCGGAAACACGAGGAAUCGAGUCCAUUUUCGUUGAACGGUGUUAUUUUGGAAAUUAAGUACCGAAAAGACUAGUAAUUUACUACCUAAAGCAGAAAGAAUAGUUCUCGGUGGAAAAUAAGUUUAACGCGUGCAAGUGUAUGAUUAAAGUUCAUCGGUAGAAAGUGAUUCAUAGCAGCAGCAAAAUUUGCUUUUCUCGAAAGAUUUCCGCCGCCAUUUUUCUUUUGACAUUGUUGGUUGCGGACUGAAUUAAUUAAUAGCAAACUAUUGGGAAGAAUCUCCCGUUAUUUGGAUCUCGAAAACCAUAAAGAUAAGGAGACAGAAACAGUUAAAAACCUAGAAUCCUGAAACAGGUUUCCGAUCGGUCACCGACAUCAACAUCAGGCAGGCAGUCGUCACACAAGCCAUGAAUUCGAUCAGCAAAAUUCACUUCAACAGUUCGACCGGGCUGUCGUUGAAUGACCGAUUUACCUACAUCAGCAAGGUGGCUCCACCGGAAAAAUCUGUUGGCGGAGGAGGAGGAGGAGGUUCAUCGUACAUGCGAAAACGGUCCAACUCGGUCGAUUCGUACGGAGGUGGCCGGAUUGCUCCCGGAACCGGAAGCCGCGGUUCGUUGGCCAAUCGGCAGCUGGUCAGUCAGCUGGAUCGGCGACACGUUAGCCAGAGGACGCCGUUGGCUUUGCGAAAUCGAAACAUCCGUUCCGGGCGGCAGCGCUUGAACCGAAACUUUGCCGCCCGCAAUCAGUUACGUCGAGCAGCCGGCAAUACCCUGAACCUUUCGGGAGGAUCCCGCCGGUUGCAGCGCUCCAACAGCCUGUCGGACAUUGCCACGAUGAAUGCCGACUACGUGGAACGCCAGUCAUUGCGUCGUUCAAAUUCGCAGCUGAGCAUUGCUUCCCGGUUGGGACGUGGCCGCAGUCGAUCACGCGGACGUCCCAUGCAGCGCUCGAAUUCGUCGAUGAAUUUAGAUCGAGGACGCUCCCGCGGACGUUCUCGGUCCCGUUCCCGUACCCGUAUGCCACCGGCCCGUAUGCCACCGGCUCGUUCCCGAUCCCGUGGCAAUCUGUCCAGGGUGGGAUCCCGCGGAUCCGGUUUGAAUAAUCUCAACGGAAAUGGUAAUGGUCGGUCGCGUUCGCGUGGCCGCAUCCCAUUGACCGGUAGACGGCCAGCCAGCCGUGCCGGUGCUGGCCGCGGAAAUAUGCGCUCCGGAAGUGUGAAUGGCCGAUUGGGCUUGAACCGCACCAACCGUCCGUUGCCCAAUGGAGCCCGUGCUGGUCGCGGAGGACGUAUUAUCAAGCGAGGACCGAGGCGAGGAGCCUUAGUUGGUGGACAAGGUGGCCCCAGUGGCCGAGGAAGACCCGGACGCGCACUGCAGAGAGGUGGACCGAAUGCCGGGGGAGCGGCAACCCGUCGUGGGCGAUCCCGCACCAGAGGUCGCGCGGCUUCACAGAACCGUGCCCGCAGUGGCCAACGUCGCGGCCGUAAUGUCUCCCGUGGAAGACGCGCGUCGGCCCCAAACCCGAAGAGCAAGGAAGACCUGGACAAAGAACUGGACCAGUACAUGGCCAACACGAAAUCUUCGCUGGACAAGGAAAUGGACGAGUACAUGAACGGAAUUCACAGCAGCACCAUCUGAGGCAAGCUGGAAGGUUAGACCGGCCGUAGAUGGAAACGAGAUUUUUGGUCGCUACCUGACCUACAGAAGAAGCAAGGAGAAGGAAAAGCGACAAACUAAAACGUGUAUAUCAGAGAUAGAUGUCGAUAAAAAGUAAACUACUAACAUUAGGUGAUAAGAUAUCUCACUUUUUUUUCUUACAUGUAGAAAAGAAACCUUGAACUGCAAAAAGCAACAUUAGAGUUAGUCGAACCUGAAUUUUUACAAAUAACAGUAAUUUAUCGUAUGAUAAUGUGAACUACAAGUGUAAAUAGGAUGAGCAUAUUUUGGUAUGCUGAAAUGCAAAUAAAAAUGUUUUCUUAUGACUGAACUGAAUUAUUUAAAACUAAA